AUGUUGAGUCGAAGCACUGUCCCUCUCCAUGAUGAUGUGUCUUCAUUGGCCGAGCUCGCGGCAAUUCGGGUGUCCAGCGGGACCCUGCAGCCCUGGCAAGAUGACCUGCACAUGCCUCGGAUCGCUCGGCCGCAGUCGCAGCAGCCACCCCGACCGCCCCCGAGGCAAAUCCAAAGUCUCAAGUCACGUUACAAAGCCGGCGAGGACCUUGCGCAGAGGUCCUGGCUGGGAUCAGCAGAUGUCCGAGUUUGGGUGUUGGAAGAGAAGACGGGAACCGAUGAGGGCGAGAAGACACAGACGAAUGCAGAAGCAGCAUUUUCGUCCAGACCGCGUUUCAGCUUGGGGCAGGUGAGGCAUGGCGAUCAAGCAGAUAUUCUGGGGGCGGAGAUGCAAGUGGAAAGAGUCAAGGCUUUUCUGUGUCACAAGUACAUCCUGGCCGGGGCGUCGCAGCUUCUGAGCUACAAGCUGCGCUGCGCGGAGCAGGCGGCGGACGUUCAGGCUGCACUGCUCAGGGCAUCAAGCAAGACCUUUCGCAGAGAUGCCAACAGGUCGCUCACGCCGUCUCCUCCAUCCAGUCCAUCGAGGCACGGAAAGCGGCCUCGAAGGCAGCAGCUGCGUCAGGCCCGAUCCUCUUUGAUGGAGUUUGAGCUCAGAGUGAAAGAACAGCCAAGUGCCUUUGCUGGCCUCAUGACUAUGCUGUAUGGCGUGCCUCUCAAGGUGACGAUGGCUGAUCUCAAGAAGUUGUGCUCCCGCGGUUGGUGGCCCCUCAUGAGCCUUGCCAGGGAGCUGCGUGUGAAUAGCGUCGAGGCAUCUCUCAGGAGCCUGCUGAUGAAGUUGUGUGCGAGCGCAUCCGUGGAGAUGCUCUGGGGAUUGCUGAAGCUGACGCAUGCGCACAACCUCCAGGCGGAGAUGAGGUGCUGCUGCGAGGCGCUGGCCAGCAGCGGAGGAAAGUUCUCUGGAAAUGCAGGGGCGGCGGCUGUUCAGGGUUUGGACUUGGAGGCGCUUGGAGCUUUGCUGGACAGCGACGGCUGGGUGGUUUCCAUGGAGUCCGAGCUUUUCCUUGUCGUCGAAGCCUGGCUGAAAGGGCAACCAUGGGUCAACUGGUCCAAAAAAGGCUCGCGGCCUGAGAAAGCACCGGCAAGCGUGUAUGCAGCAUCAGCCAAAUGGGGCGUUCGAUGGGGCCAUGUCCACUCUGAGUUUUUGGACAGACUGGCGUUUAACCGCAUCAUCCCAGAAUCCCUCAUCAGCGAUGCCGACCGCUGGCGUGCGUCCGCAGGAGUGACGUUACCACCGAUGCCUGCCAGAGAGACGAGCAGCGGUGAGAAGGCGCCUAGCCGACGAGAAGAUGCGCUUCCCGACGUUCCAAAGGAAGGUGCGGACAAAGCAGAAAAACCUCCUGAGAAGUCGAGUUCUCGGCGACCGGACAGGCGGAAGACCCGAUCUUCGUUUGAAGGCCCGAGGAAGUCAAAGCUGGUCGAGGAAGCCCUCCACGGUCAGCAAAGCACCGACAGAGCAAUGAGUGAUGCAAUUCGAGUUAUCCUUUCAGCUCGGGUCCCACUCGGCAGCUCCGUGCCAGUGGCUCCUGAUACCACCGAAUGGCGCACACAGUCAGUGCAGCUGGAGGCGUCCACCAGUGCAAUCGAUGCUUUCCUUCAGGGAACCAGCGCCAUGUGCGAUGCAGUGGACGUCCGUUUCGGAUUUGAGCACACGCACUACCGCCCGCUCGAGGAAAAAUCUGCACAGAAGGAUGACCAAGAAGGCUUUGAGGAGCUUAAAGCGGCAAAGAAGCUGGCAGGCAAGCGGCUAGCCUAUGUGACCCCAAGUUGUCCGUGGAUGGUCCGGCGGCGCUGCUUCCACACUUGCUUUGCUAUUCCCCAGCAUGCCUUGGAUCGGCAUUUUGCGAGGGUGGCGCUUGAGAAUGGAGCGAUAAUUAUGCAGUGUCGACAAGUUCCGCACCACUGCACCGACGACACCAAAAAUCAGGAGAGGAGGCUAACGGCAACGGCCGAGAUUCUGCAUCUGGCCGGGGACUUCAUGAGGGGAAUCUCAGCUACCUCCGCGCAAUCGGCGGGUGCAGAGUCGGCGCUGUCUAACACGGAGGCCGUCGAGGACUCGGAUGGAGAAACAGCGACGGGUUCUCUUGUCCAUUUGAUAGCGGCGCGUGCGGUCACCGCAGGGCGGCAUGAGUUCUUGUUUCGAGUUCUAGUGGAGCGGGUGGCUCCACACGAGGCAACGGAGGCUCUUGACACAAAAGAUGUCGCGGAGGCAUUUUCAGGGGCUUUCAGGCUUGGAGUGGGCAUCUUCAGCAAUCCCGCCUUUUCAUCUGUCCGCCCCACAAGUGUGGGGCAGCCAGCGAGUAUUUUUGAUAAGCAGUUCGUUAUCCCCUUACCCAGCGGGGAGACCUUGCCGCACACAACGCCAUCUGUUUUAUCGGAGAUCGUCUGGCUCAGACAAGACCAGCUGCUUGGGGCCAUCUCACAAAACGAGAUGCCCGAGAAGUGGCAACCUGGUGGACUGCUUGACAUCUUCCUGCUCGCGAUCGUCGAGCCUUCACAGAAGACUCUGAGUGUCGCGGUGGAUGCAGGCUUCACAAUGCCUUUUGGAUGUGAGGACAUGGACGAGGAGGAGGAGGUCCAGGGCACGGCUUGGGACGCGUUGGGUUCUCCAAAGGCGAUCCAACCGAUGAUUGCAACGCAGUUCUUGCAGCGCAGGCAGUUUUUAAGAAGGUGGAGGUUCGAAGAAGUCUUAAAGCAAGACCUCAAGUCUGGCAUUGCCCUUUCCAAUUUUAUGAGAUCAGCAGGACCCAAUCCUUUGCUUGUUCCUGUGCUGGAAGUGGACUCGCAGGCGCUAAGCCGCAUUGGUGGCGAAGGGGGACGAGCCACGAUUGAAGUGCUACCAGGGAGCGCGCUGAGGCCUUCCUGGUGGAUUGACCGCAUGGGCAGUUCUGUAGACAUGCCUCGGAUGCAUCUUGGUGCUGAGAUGCAAGACGAGUCUGGGCGGCUCCUUUGA